AUGGAAGAAUAUAUAACUGAUAGUGAUGAUAUUGCCUUUGAGUAUGAGUUGCAGAGCACGCCAAACAAUAAAGUGACUUGGAAACGAUAUUUGGACAGCUGGAAGUCUCAAUAUAAUAAAAAGAAAUCGGUCAAUCAUAUUGUCUGGCUUUAUGAGCGAUUUUGCUUACAAUUCACUCGUGAUUUGGAAGCAUGGGAGGAAUACAUCAAAUGGGUGCUCGACAGCGACAUGUUUGAGUACCAUGCAAUUACCAACCUGUUUAAACGAUGCUUGGCGAAUUUUAGCCAUAAGUGCGAUCGAAUAUGUUUGAUGUUCCUAAAAUUUGCAAUUGCUGAAUAUGAUCUUUCAGUGAUCAGAGUGGCGCUUGAUGAAAGCUUAUCGAAAAUCUCAAGGGACUCGCACGCCAAAGUUUGGGGAUUACUUCUCCCUUUUAUUUGUCAGACAAUGCUUCCACUGUCUAGAAUAGAACAUGUUCCCAACGAGGGUCAGUAUGAGGAGCUGUUGGAAGUGGUGCAUAGAUGUCUAUUCAAAAACAGAACUGAGAUCGAAAGUCAUGCCCAGGGUGAUAUGUGGUCGGCAGAACUUCUUGUAAGAUAUCUAGAGGUUUGCCCCAAGGACAAGAUACCUGAAACGCUCAUUUAUUUGUCUUCAACCGGUGUUAAUGAGGUUGUUGUCUCUUCAUUUGACAGGUAUAUAGGAAAAAACGAGAACAUCUCCCCCGAUAUCAAUUUACAGUAUCAAAUUUAUACCAGCUAUUUGAAGGCACUUAAACAACUGCGACAGUUCAAUGAGUACAAAGAAUUUUCCGCUAAGGUGCAAACUAUCUUUCCACAUCAAAAAUUUACACUGAUAGUAGAGUUGGUUAGGUUUUAUAUCAAGGAAGCAAGAUUAAAAGACGCGGAAAAUCUGCUUAAAUCCUCUUUGGCAGAUACAUUAACCGUUAGAGAUUUUGCUGCAAUAUAUGACUUCCAUAUUGACUACGAGAAAGCUUGUGCUGAAGUCAUCUUGCAGGAACUGGAUACACCGGGCGUAGAGCUGCGAAAAGAUCUUUGGGAGCCUAUACUGAUUAGUCAUAUGAACAAUUUAGAAACUUUGACCAAGGAGCGUGAGCUCAAACUCAAUGACCUGAAGUUACGGCAAAAUUCAAACGUAGUAAAUACUUGGCUGGAGAGAGCCAGCUUAUUCCAUGCAAAUAAUGAAAAAUGCGAUGUAUUUGCUCAAGCCAUUCUGCAAAUAGAUCCCUCUAAAAUAAUAACUCCGGGAUCGUUUGGAGAGCUGUGGUGCCGAUAUGCUGCACUAUACUGGGAAGCUGGUCAGUACGAGAAUGCUAGAGAGGUUUGGGACAGGGGUUUGCGCGUGCCUUACGUACAUAUGGAAGACUUAGAAAAAAUAUGGGACUGCUGGGUAAACCAUGAACUGGAAUUAGGACCACAUGGAAUGGAGAAAGCUAUCAAGUUGCUGGAAACAGCUCUAGAAGUGCCUGAAAAUCCCGACUUACAACUCGAGAAGUACAAGAAAGGCAAAAAAAAGAUGCCAUCCCAAAUAAUAGUAUUCAGCUCAUUGUGCUUAUGGAACUUACUGCUGGAUCUUGUGGAAUCUUUUUGUGAUAGAAAUCCUGAAGAGGUUGGUAAAGUAAUUAAUAUUUACGAGCAGGUGAUCAUGUUGAAGGUAGCAACACCUCUUAUCUUCAUAAAUUAUGCUCAUUUCCUGCAAAAAUACAAGAGCACUGAGGCGGGCUUUCAAGUUUACGAAAGGGCUAUUGCAACCUUCCCUCCGGAGACGCAAUUCGAAAUAUGGAACAUGUAUCUUGCGGAGGGUAUGGAUAAAAACGCACCAUUAUCCACUGAGCAUAUACGUGAUUUGUUUGAUCAAGCAUUAGAAACACUGCUACCAAAUAAAAUUGAUUGUAAAGCGAUCUUCAUUCUAUACAGUGAUUUCGAAGAAAAAAAUGGUUUUGCCAACCGCAGUGUUGAAAUCUUGUUUCAAGGCUGCAAAUGUACAGAGGAUAUUGAGAGUAGACUCUCAUUAUGGAAAAUAUGUCUUUCUAAAGCAAAAUCAUUGCUAGGCGAGGGAGGGUCAAGGAAACUUUACGAGGAAUGUAUACAGUCUAUGCCAAAUUCUAAAAUUAUAGGUAUUGUUAUAGAUUUUGCAGAAACAGAAACCCGUUUGAACGAAAUAGAUAGGGCCAGAGAAAUUUUUAGAUAUGGCGCACAAUUGUUACCCCCGCAAAAGAAUAUAAAUUUAUGGGGGAGCUGGGAUGAGUUCGAACUGCAACACGGUGAUAAAGAGACAUACAAGGAAAUGCUUAAACUGAAAAAGAAUUUGGAAAAUGAGAUGCUGGUUGAUACAGAAUCUGAAAGUAAAUUUGAAGGUAACGUUGCGUUUGUUUCAGCCUCAAAUAGCAAAGCAGUCAAUCCUGAAGAGAUAGAACUGGAUUUAUAG